AUGGUGAGAGGGAAAGGCAGUGAGCAGUUCCACGACCUGCGCCCCGAGGUACUGGGAGCCAUGAUCCACUGGUUGGAGGAACAGCAGGGCAACCUGACAGACCAGCCGCAUCUGCGACCAGCCCUAGCCACCCUCUACCCUGCUGUACUAGCCAUGUACAGUCUGGUGCUCAUCACUGCAGUCCUCACCAACUGCUGUCUCCUCAUCUACACCUACAGACACAGACUAUACCUGUACCUCAACCUAGGCCUAGGCAACCUGUUGCUUCACUGUCCAGUGCUGCCUCUCACUGUUGUCGUACUGGUGUUCAAUGACUGGCUCCUGGGCCGCACCGCCUGUCACCUCCUCCCUCUCAUCCAGGAUAUGUCCACACACUUCACUGUGCUGAGCCACCUGACACUAGCAAUACAUUUACUGAGAGAUGUCCACAGCCAGUCUGCUACCCAGAAGUGUUGCGAUGUCACAAGACAUGUCCACACACUUCACUGUGCUGAGCCACCUGACACUAGCAAUACAUUUACUGAGAGAUGUCCACAGCCAGUCUGCUACCCAGAAGUGUUGCCAUGUUACAGGAUAUGUCCACACACUUCACUGUGCUGA